AUGGCAAACUUUGGUCUUUCUGAACAUCAACGAAUAUUGGAGAAGCUUUGCCGAAUUUGUGGGGAGCGGUUGAAGAAGGCCAAAGAUAAGUACGAGAACAGUUUUCUUUGUGCAGAUAAGAGAGAGAUUAUUUUCACGGCCUUUGGUGUAAAGAUUCGAGGAGACGACCUCGACAAAUGCCCUCCUAAAUUCUGCCACAAGUGCUACAAGCUUGCUUCAAGAGGAGGCACACGUUUUGCAAUAAAUGCUUGGCCUCCACACAAGCGAUCUGGCAAUUGUGUUAUAUGCAGUUCCUACAAGGACCAACAAAAGCCUGGAAGAAAAAGAAAACCCAAACCUGGAGUGAAGCCUAAACAUGACCCUGGAUCAAAGGAACAGAUUGAAAUGGUUGAAGGAAUGUCUGGCACAUUAAGUUUUCAACCAGACCCGAACACGCUCUCUUUCUCUGAGGAGGUAAAAAAUUUGAAAAGCUAUCGAGGGACGGAACCCCUUUACCCAGAACAGUUUGUUGAAAACAUUAAGCAUGAGUACAUGUGUCCAAUAUGCAAAGAAGUCCUUGACCAACCCGUCCAAACAAAAUGCCAAACCCCCCACAUAUUUUGUGCCAGCUGCCUUUCAUUUGCCUUUGAGACAUGUGGAUCCCUCUGCCCAGUUUGCAGAACUGCAAUUAGCCUGCGUAGCAUGGCGGUUUUGGUUGGGCGCGCUAAGUAAUAAAGGCGGGCGAGAGCAGAGAAACCGCAAGGAGAUUGGGCGGAAGCAACUUCUCGCGGCUUCGCCGCUCGUUCUCGCGCGCUUCGCGCGCGAAUUUCGCUGCUACGCCACUCCUGCGCCCAGCUCGACAAAACCGCCAUGCUACGCAGGCUAAACUGCAAUUGAAAAUCCUCAGGAGUUCAUUGAACCAGCUCCUUUUGUUCUACGAACUAUACUAUCAGAACUAGAUUUUCAAUGCCCUACAUGUACACACACUAUAAAACUACACCAUUUGCCACAGCAUCAAGAAAGUUGCAUACCAAACCCUGUGACAACACCCACACAAAAUGAAACCCCUGUACAAGGAGCAGUUUCAGUUACACCACCACCUCCUCCCCCAGUGACACCCCCACCAGCACUUGCAGCAGCACCUGCAGUAGCUGAACAUGUACCUGCACCAGCACAACUUACAGAACCUGGUCCUGCUACUACCUAUGCAGAGCAACUGACAGUACAACAACUACUACAUAGCCCACAGGAAGUAUAUACAUCCCUUAAAAAAGAAGUUGGAUUGUUUAUCAUUCAGCAGUUCCUCUCACAGUCUCAGGAUGGGACAACCAUUCUCCUAAAAACAGGUGGCCAGGUACAGAUAUUUUACAUAUAGAAUGAUAUAUGUUCAUGUUUUUCUUAAUGACACUACAUUUCAAAACAUGGCAUGAACAACAUGAUUAUUAUAUGAAUUUUCAGCCACUAGAAUUGGUUAAAAGAACUAGGGCCAGGAAAACAACUGAUGAGGUGACAAAAAAAACUGUUAGACAAAGAUCAAAGGUAGUAGCAGAUACCAGAACAGCUGUAAGUGGUGGUGCUGCAGGGACCCAGUUGGUGGAUGAAUUGAAAGCAAUGGGUCGACUGGAGAGAGAAGCACUGCUGAAGGAAGCCUUGGGAAAAGAAUUUAAAAUAACCAUCCCCAGGGGUGACAUACUUGCAAUGAAGGCAGACCUCGGAGAAACAUGGUACAAAGUUAGGAAGCUUAGGAGGUAAGAUUUAAAUAAUGAACCCAGCCCCCAGAAAUCCACACAACAUUUGAUUAAAAAGUAUUUUUUGUCUCCUAUUAUUAAUUGGAUUAUUUCCUGAAUUCCUUUGUAAUGUAGCAACAAUAAGUAAUAACAAAGUCAAUUUCCACCUAGUUUUAUACAUUAUAAUAAUAUUGUCCUGAAUUGUCUCCCUGCAGGUGGUUUGAUCAAUGGGGACUGUCCUCUGAGAGUGAGAAACACCAGCAGAAACAAGUUCAGUCCAUCACUGACCCUGCCAACUUGGUGUGUGAGAUGGUGCCUUUUGAGUUCAAAAAACCCGGCUGCAACCCUGAGAUCAAACAAGCAGAGUUCGGUUAUGUUGCUGACCUUAACCAAUUUGUACAGCUUCAUUUGGAUGAAAAUGAAAAGUAUAAUUCUUUGACUUUUUAUACUGUUAUGAAUGUUACUAUAGCAGCAAUGUCAAUCAUUGUGAAUGUAAAGUAGGCUUUUGGCACUGCCUCUUGCAAGAAUUAUCACUUUCAAUUAAACAACAGACUCUUUAUUUUAGGAAUGGACGCUUGACGUGGAAUAAUGCCAUCCCACAACAGGAAGUCCACUUAAAACUUGGAGGUGAUGCUGGCGGUGGGUCCUUUAAAAUGGCUUUUCAGAUUGCCAACCUUCAACAUCCAAACUCAAAAACAAAUACAGUGGUUUAUGCCAUGUUCCACGCCAAAGAUACAUGGACAAAUUUAAAAACAGCAUUAAUGAAAUACAGGGAGCAAGUAAACAUCCUAAAGGAAGCUACUUGGAGGUUGGUACAUACACUGUAAAUGUACUAUAGAUUCCUUAUAAACCAUACAGGAUAAAACCUCCACACUGAGUGAGGUAUCCUGCUGAAAUUCUGCAAUAAUUUUUUUUUACUUAUUUUUAGAGGCAAAAAGCAAAUAGUUUUCCUCUUUGGUGACUACGAGUUUUUGUGCAAGAUAUUUGGUACAGCUGGAGCCUCAGGUAAGUUCAACUAAUAAUUCACACAUACAAAACAAAACAAAAAAAUAUUUGAUUUAUAUUGUAGCACCUAAAUUAUCCUAAGUUGUAGCUUUAAAACACUCUCUAUGGAAGGAGUAUUCAUAAGUGUGAAUUCAUUUCUUGUAGGCAAGUAUCCAUGCCUCUGGUGUCUGAUAACAUAUGAGACGAUGCAACUCUCUUGCCAGGAUCCUCGUCGUGGGCACAUAGAAAAGAGAAAUAUUAAGAACAUUGAAGAAGAUUAUAACAAGUUUGUUGCAGAUGGCUGUGUCACAAGUCGACAGAAGUUUUAUCACAAUGUGAUCCAUGAGAAACUGCUGGACAUUGAACUGGAAAAAGUAAGUAUACUAUAACCAUAUUUUUUUGCUUAGGAAAAACAAAUACUAAUAUAACAGGGCAUUAACUUAACAAUCUGAUUCUUUCUUUAGGUUUGUGUUCCUGGACUUCACAUCAGCUUGGGUGUUUUCAAGAAACUAUUUGACGAACUUGAGAACCAGUGUGCUGAGCUGGACAAAAGAAUUCAAAUGGAGCUGGCUGCUGACAGUGACCGAAAUGAUGAAAGAAUCCUGGCACUCAGAGCUGCUCAUCAACACUAUAGUCAGGCACAACAGUUGCAUGAGAAAGCAAAUUCUUUACAGGAAUUAUUGAAUUUACAGAGUUUGCAUUCUGAUGUGACUAUUAUGCCUGCCUUCUUCACGUCAAUGCAAAAUGAAAUUGACAGACUCCUUAAAGACGCAAAGGAAGAGGUAACAAAACAGUAUAUACUAUAA